ACCUCAUACAUCCUCUACAUUUGGCCCUCUCAAAUUCGCUAUACAUUCUUCAUCGCUCAGUCCCCCAAUCGAAGGCUUUCUUUGUUCGUUGUCUGAUCUUACUGUGUUCAGGAGAUUGUUGGAUACCAUCUGAUUGGAUUUACUUUUGCAGGAGAUUGUUGGAUACCUUACCAUACUACAAAAUUGUUGAUAUCCUAAGGUUACUCAUAGAACUCAACCAACUCAAGAUAUCAAGAAACUUAAAAAGCAACGCGACAAAGAAAAACUUCGGUUUACGGUCCUGAACGUGAAUUAAACCUUAAACCUUUGUCGUUUUUUAUGAUAUAAACAGGAGAUUUUGCAUCUAGUUCAGAAAAUAAUGACUUCGUUUGGGUCGCUUAAGCAGGCUAUCUUUGACAGACAAGCAAGAAAACAGCAAUACCAAGAUCACAUACUGGGCCUGAAUGCUUAUGAUCGCCACAAGAAAUUCCUCAAUGAUUAUGUUGGAUAUUAUGGAAGAGAGAGAUUCACACAAAAAAAGUUGCCUGUUAAAACAGAUCAGGAUACGCUCAAAGAAGGAUACCGGUUCAUACGAACUGAGGAAGACGAUAUGAAUCCAUCUUGGGAGCAAAGGUUGGUGAAGCGCUACUAUGACAAGCUUUUUAAAGAAUAUUGCUUAGCCGAUAUGACACACUAUAAGAGUGGCAAGAUUGGUCUGAGAUGGAGGACCGAAAAGGAAGUGAUAUCUGGUAAAGGGCAAUUUGUUUGUGGUAACAAACACUGCGAUGAGAGAGAUGGUCUAGCUAGCUACGAGGUGAAUUUUUCAUAUGUUGAAGCAGGAGAAAACAAACAGGCCCUAGUGAAAUUGGUAACCUGUGAAAGAUGUGCAGAAAAGCUUCAUUAUAAAAAGAGGAAGGAGAAGGAGAAGGAGAAGGAGAAGGAGCAAUCUAGAGAAAACCUGAAAGAUAAGCAUCGUAGGAAAAGGGAAAGAACUGUAAGUGAUGAUGACAAUAAGGAUGAUAAAUAUGAACGAAGGAAAGGCAAGAGUAGAGGGUCCAGGUCUUCAACUUCAUCUGAUAAUCCGGGUAAUGAAGAUAAUGAAAAUAUUGAUGAGUAUCUGGAGGGAAUGUUUCCUUGACAGGAGGAUAUUGAUAUCAUUGUAAAGAUUUCAAGUUCCAUAAAAAAAUUUUGGACUGCAGCUAGAUAUUUUUGUUGGGGCAACAGAUUGGAACUUUGGUAGGAAAAGCGGAAGUAAAUUCGUAGAGUUUGGUUGUCUUAUCCAUGAUCGGUCAGUCCUGAUUCUACGUCGGGUAUUAUUCACAUGUAGCAAGUGAUAGUUUUGCUUAGUUAUCUACAGUUUUUGUUAAUCAGUAGCUACUCUGAAUGUAAAUACAAAAUCUUGCACACCUAUGGUCGUUGUGAAGUUUCUUGAAGUUUAUUCCUUUGACCUGACGAAUGUCUCAUCCUUCAAUUGUUGUAGAUCGAUUUAGAGAUGUAUCGCUCCUCUUAAAAGAAGGCAGUGAAGUUCAUGACUUUCUAUA